GAUAGUAAUAGUAUAAAAGGCUAAACUAUGCGAAAAGUAACUUUAUAUUGUAUCGAAGAACAUAAGAAUAAAUAUAUUAACUACACAGUGCAACUAAAAUUUAUAUUAACCGCACAUUGUUUAGCAACAAUGAGGCGGUUCAUCCUUCUCGCCUUCAUCGGCGUUUUUCUAGUGAAAAAUGCUGCACCGUCGAGAAAGAUUCAUCCUUCGCGUCUGGAAUGGUUGUUUGACUUAAAUAGUAAACAAGAUAAAAACAAAGAAGAAGAUACGUCGACCGUGUGCCAAUCUCAGGAGUGCAAGAAAAUAGCUCAGAUGAUAUCGGAGAGUAUGGACAAAACUGUGGAUCCGUGCGAGGAUUUCUACGAAUACGCUUGCGGGAAAUGGCCGGAGCACAAUCCUCCCCCGGAGGGGAUGGAUUCCUGGAGCAUGUUUGAAAGCGCGCAGAUGAAUGUCAUGAAGCAAGUAAAAGAAAUUUUUGACGAGGGUCCCAAGGACAGCGAUCUUUUGGCGGUGAAACUCGCGAAGAAAUGGUACGCGGUAUGCAUGGAUACAGAUAAAAUGGAGAGGCAAGGGCUCGAGCCGCUUGUCUUCACCAUGUCUCGGAUAGGUGGCUGGCCGUUGAUAAUGGACCCGGACGAAUGGAAUGAGCAGGAGUACAGUUGGCAAAAAGUGGACGAUCAGUAUGUGCGAUUGACGGGAAAGAAUGCUUUUCACGACGUGCGCGUGAUCGAAUACGGUUGGAACGAGACCUCGAAAGUAGUACAUAUUGAUAUUCCUCAUCUACCUCUGGGUUCAUACAGACUCUGGAGUUCGAUCGACAGCGGGGAGGAAGAAGAUGAAAGCGAAGAGGACUCCAGCGAUGAGGAUCCCAGCGAUGAAGAUCCCAGCGACGAGGAGAAGCAAAGCGACGAGCAGAAAGACAGUCAAGAACCUGGAAGUGAAGAUAAAAGCGACGACCAGAAAGAUAGUCAAGAACCUGGAAGUGAAGAUGAAAGCGACGAGCAGAAAGAUAGUCAAGAACCUGGAAGUGAAGAUAAAAGCGACGACCAAAGCGAUAAUGACGAUGACGAUGAAGAUGAUGAUAAUAGUGACGAUAAAGAUGAUGACAAUGAUGACGAUGAAGAUGACGACAAACAUGACAAUUACGAUACAAAUGUACAGAAAAACCAGAAGAAGAGGAAGGGCGGUAUGAAAAAGACUGGCAAGUUAGUGAAAAAUAAAAAGCUGAGACAUAGUGGAAGGAGAAAGGGUAGUACGCAUGCUAAGAAGUACGAGAGCCACAAGGCAAAGAAAGAGAGGAUAAAGAAACGGGCAACGCCGACAAUUGUUCAUGAGAAAUUACGAAGGCUGAAGAACAAGCGCAAUCACGUGAAGCAUAAGCGUACGGAGAGAUUAAAGAAAUCUAAGAAAUCUUUAGAGGCCACAACACCGCGGAUCAACACGGAAGAGAUAAUCGAUGAAGAUGACCAACUGAACAAAUACGCUAAUUACGUCUCGGCAGUAGCUCGCGCCAUAGCUAAAGCAGGAGGCAUCGAAGUCUCGGAGGAACACAUGGAUAAAGAUAUUCAAGACAUGAUCAACUUUCAUAUAAAAUUAGUUGGCAUUACUGUAGAUUUCGAUGAUGAUGAGGAGAUGACGCUCGAUGAUUUACAAGAAUGGUACGAUGAAAAGAAACAUAAAACUGACAACAGCGAAAUUGACUGGCUGUACAAAAUUGGGGAGUUGUUUGACGAGGCCCACGUACCUAUAGAUGGCGCUUUAGAUCUAGAAAUUGGCUCACCAAGUUACUUCAGGAAUCUCGUCGCUUUGCUGGAUAAGACCUCAAGUCGAACAAUCGUGAACUAUAUACAUUGGAACUUCUUGAGUAGAAUAAUAAAAGCUACGACAAACGAAAUGAGAAAAUUAUGCAGCGAGUGGCAAGUAGAAAAGGAUGAAGAUAAAGACAUUCUUGGAGUUCCAGCGAGAGCGUACAACUGCAUGGAGGAAGUAGAGAUGAGCGACAUUCUAGCAUACGAAUAUGUGAGAAAUCAUUUCUCUGAUGAUAUCACGACAACCGCAUCGGACAUGAUGGACGACAUACAAAAGGAAGUCGAGUAUCAAAUUAAAGAAUCAGACUGGAUGGAUGAGAAUACUAAGGAUUUUGUUUUAGCGAAGUUAGUGAAUAUGGAGAAAUUCAUCGGAUAUCCAGAUUGGUAUAAAAAUAACACUAUCGUUAAACGAUACUUUCAAGGGCUCGUUAUCAGCAAUUCGUAUUACGAGAAUGUUCUCAGCCAUAAAAGAUACAUCAAGUGGAAAAAACUACGAAAGUUAUUGGAUGAAGAUGAAGACGAUGACGUAACGACGAUGAGCCCGGUAAUGGUAAAUGCUUUUUUCGACCCGGACGCUAAUUCCGUAGCCUUUUCGGCAGCGGAUUUCCAGAGCCCACUAUUUGCUUACGGUCGACCACAAGUUAUUAAUUACGGUAUUGUUGGAUCAAUUAUGGGUCACGAAGUUAAUCACGGAUUCGACGAUGAAGGACACAAGUACGAUAAGAAUGGAGAUAUCGUGGAGUGGCUAGCCGCAAUGGCCGAAGCAUAUGGCAAGAAGGCGGAAUGUUUCGUCGAGCAAUUUAAUAAUUAUCCCAUCGACAAGGCAACCAACUACAAGAUAAAAAACUACGGCAACCAGACGGCAGGAGAGAAUAUCGCGGACACGAUGGGGUUACAGGCAGCGUAUAAAGCGUAUCGAAGGAGAGAAAGAGAAUGCGGUAAACAGGACACCGUUUUGCCAGGCCACGAAGACCUCACUAACAAUCAGCUUUUCUUCCUGUCCUUUGCUAACCUGUGGUGCGAGGGUGGAGAAACAUCUAGUAUCAUAACGAGCGCCAAGUCUGACGAACACAGCACCGGACGGUUGAGGGUGAUAGGAAGCGUUUCGAAUUCGCAAGACUUCGCCGAGGCUUACAAUUGUCCGGUCGGCAGUGCAAUGAAUCCCGAAAAGAAAUGCCACAUUUGGAAGUGAAUAAUAUACAUAUAUGUAUAUAUUGUAGUAUUAAUUUGCUAUAUAAAAUAUUACAUUCUACAUGCGAUAGAACGAAAACGAGCGUUAGCGAACAUUCUCGAUGUACGAAAACAAGAGGCCUGUAUUUCUCAACUUGACAAUCUCCAAGGUUUAGAUCUGUGUAUAGAAGCGCGAUCGCUCGAACGAAGGGCAGAGUCGCUUGAGAGAGAAUAACCGAAAAGGGCCGUCGUCGAGAGCGCGAGCGUUACGAGCAAUUAUUCUCUGUACGCGUGUUAGAUCUUUUCUUUUGUACUCAAUAAAUACUUCUAAUCUGCUUCUAA